AUGUCAGGGCCCACUAUCCAACCACUUCACCAAAACCAAAACUUGACCUCGAAUUUGCACAGAUCCAUGUUCAAGAAACAGAAUCAAGUGCCUAUGGCAAUUAAAAACAAGUUUGCUUCACCAACCGACGAGCUUCUCUCUCCAUGCUCGCAAAAACUAAAUGACCACAAAUCAAAGCUUUUCACUUCAAAGGCGAAUCCUACGAAACUUAACUUCACUACGAAACAGAACGGAGAGGAUUCCGACGACGAAUAA